AUGCCCCAAUCAUUCCUCUCAACCCGCGCCCAAACAGUCGUCACCAACGAAUCCACCAAUCCAUUCCACGAAGUGACAAAAGACUCAUGGAACCCAACCACAAACCCAACAGGCUACAUAAACGUCGGCAUAGCUGAAAACACCCUAAUGCACACUGCCUUCCUAAAAUACAUAAACAAACCCCUGGCCCUCCCAGCCAAAUACCUAACCUACAACGAAGGCGGGUCAGGCUCAACACGCCUAAAGAACUCCAUCGCGGCAUUCCUAAACAAACACCUGAAGCCAGCAACCCCACUGCAGGCCAGCCAUCUCCUGCCCACAAACGGCCUUUCGUCUGCCCUCGAGCAUGUUUCUUGGUCAUUCGCUGAUCCAGGUGAAGGGAUUCUCCUCGGAAGGCCGUAUUACGGCAUGUUCAUCCCCGACUUAUCAUUGCGGAGUGGAUCUGUUGUUGUACCUGUUAAAUUCGACGAUGUUGAUCCGCUGGCGAUGGAUGCCGUGGGGAAAUACGAAGAAGCGAUAUUGGAUUUUCAACGGCGGACGGGGAAGAAUGUUAAAGUGCUUAUGUUGUGUCAUCCUCAUAACCCGCUUGGAAGGUGUUAUCCGCGUGAUGUGCUCGUGGCGUUGAUGCGGUUGUGUCAGCGGUAUCAGAUUCAUUUCGUUAGUGAUGAAAUCUAUGCGCUGUCUGUUUUUGAGAAUGGGGUUGAUGAACGACCUCCGGCUGUGCGCUUUGAGUCUGCUUUGUCGGUUGAUUUGACCGGUAUUAUUGACCCCAGGCUUGUGCAUGUGCUUUGGGGGAUGAGUAAGGAUUUCGGUGCGAAUGGGAUUCGACUUGGUGUUAUUAUCUCGCAGGCGAAUCGCGAUGUCCAUUUUGCUUUGGGGGGUAGUACGCUUUACUCUUCCAUUUCCGGGUUGACGGAUCAUCUUGUUUCGGUUAUGCUUCAGGAUUUCGAGUUUACGGAUUGGUAUAUUCGGAGGAAUCAGGAGUUGUUGGCUGAGGGGUAUGCGUAUGCGACUACUUAUUUGAAGGAUCAUGGGAUUGAGUAUGCGACUGGGUGUAAUGCUGGGUUCUUUGUUUGGAUGGAUCUGGGGAAGAGGUUUUGUGAGUUACAUCCUGGGGAGAGUGAGGGUGGGGAUAUUGGGGAGAAGGUUAUGCAGCGGCUUUUAAAGAAGAAGGUGUUUUUGGCGAAUGGGGCUUUUUGUGGGUCUGAGAGGGAUGGGUGGUUUCGGAUUGUUUUUACGCAGGGGGAUGAGCUUUUGAGUGAGGCUCUGGCGAGGAUUGUUGCUGCUCUUGAGGGAUGA